AAAAGGUUGCAAACGGCAGCGACUUUCAUCAAAGUUUGUCUGCGAGCAGCAUAUGACAGCAGCAAACGUCAACGAACGGGCUAGCGUUAGCUACACUUGUUAGCAGCAGGAUAUCCCUUCAAACGCCGUUUGACAAGUUUAAGAAACAUACUAAAUACUUGUUUACGCAAUAUACUGUGUGAUAAAUAGCAAUGAACCACACUUGAUAAAUAAGUGUGGCUCGUGAUUUCAUGUCCAAGCUAGGUGCCAUCGCCGAGCUAGCCUUGGGCUUCCGAAGCUUCCCGUUUCCUGCUUGCGAUUAUUGGGCUGUUUCUGGCUCGGACCCUCUAUUUAACAAUGGAUUUUGUCGCCUCAUGUUAUCGAUUUGUCAUCGACACAACCGUGGGAUUGUUGAACUUCAUUUACAAUGGUUUUUACUCAAUUGAAACGUUUUCCGGUGAGGAAGUGCCAUGUUAGCAUACACCGCUUCUAAACACUCCAGAAUGAAUGAUUGACAAGUGAGGCUUGUUUUCGGGAAAUAACGUAAAACAAGGGUUAUUGCGGACUACUGUUGCUGUCACUGUAGUGCUUGAGUUCAACUUCAACAGGCUCCAAGGUUAGAAGUCAUGAUCACACAGAACAGAGUGGUGACGAGAUGAAAACCAGCGGUAUGAUUGUAAAUAACUACAGAACACUAACGUCAUGAAACGCCAACAUUCAAAAGAAGAGGUGGAAGCAGGAAGUGCAAGUAGAGUCCAGUAGAAGUGGGCACCAUGUACUCCGAGUGGCGCUCGCUGCAGCUGGUGGUGCAGAGUGACCAGGGCCACCUGAGUGUUCUGCACACCUACCCCAACACUGUGGGCACCGAAGUGGCAAAUGCUGUGGUCAAACCACUGGGCACGGCUGUGAGUCCCGUCGCCACAGAAAACAUCCUCAAGACAGACAAGGAGGUGAAGUGGACCAUGGAGGUGCUUUGCUAUGGUCUCACGCUUCCUCUGGAGGGCGACACUGUCAAGCUGUGCGUGGAUGUGUACACUGACUGGAUGAUGGCUCUGGUGUCUCCGCGGGACUCUAUGCCUCAGCCAGUUGUCAGGGAGCCCAACAUGUACGUCCAGACCAUCCUUAAACAUCUGUACAACGUUUUUGUGCCAAGGCCAGAACCACACAGUCUGAAUCACAUCAGACUCUGCCAGCAGGUUCUGACUGCAGUCCAGAAGCUGGCCAGAGAGUCGGUUGCCAUGGUGAGGGAAACCUGGGAGGUGCUACUGCUCUUCCUGCUCCGCAUCAACGACACAUUGCUGGCCCCGCCCACAGUCGGAGUUGGCGUAGCGGAGAAACUGGCAGAGAAACUGAUGGCGGUGCUCUUUGAGGUUUGGCUGUUAGCAUGUGCACGCUGCUUCCCAACACCGCCGUACUGGAAGACUGCAAGAGAGAUGCUGGCUAACUGGCGACACCACCCGCCUGUGGUAGAGCAGUGGAGCCGUGUGGCAUGUGCACUGACCUCCAGACUUUUACGUUUCACCCAUGGGCCAUCAUUCCCGCCUUUCAAAGUCCCAGAUGAGGACGCAAACCUAAUUCCCAUUGAGAUGGACAACGACUGUGUGGCCCAGACUUGGUACCGUUUCCUCCACAUGCUCAGCAACCCCGUGGACCUGAGCAACCCCGCCAUAGUGAGCACCACUCCAAAGUUCCAGGAACAAUUUCUCAACCCCAGCGGCAUCCCGCAGGAAGUGGUGCUGCAUCCUUGUCUCAAGCAACUUCCACAGAUUUUCUUCCGGGCCAUGAGGGGGGUCAGCUGCCUGGUGGAUGCCUUCCUGGGUGUGUCUGUUGAAAAGAAAUUGGUACGGGAGAGGGCGUUCUCUUACCUGCCAGCGCUGCUCUCUCAUGGCAUUUCCCGUCCGAGGUCCGACAGCGCCCCGCCCACACCGGUCAACAGGAUGAGCAUGUCGCCUCCCCCAUCAAUCACGAACACCACACCCCCCCACAACCGAAAGCCCCGGCACACAGUGGUCACCAAAACGACAAGCAAAAGCUCCACUGGAAGCAGCAACCAGCCGACAAAAGCCUCCCAGCAGCAGCAGCAGCAGCAGCAGUCAUCGUCUCCAACACUGUUGUCCAGCCCAAACCAGACCAGCUGGGAGUCCCGGCCCCUUCCGGCGCCGGCACGGCCUAAAGUCAACAGCAUUCUAAACCUGUUUGGCCAGUGGCUUUUCGACGCCGCGCUGGUCCACUGUAAGCUCCACAGUGGCCUGAGUCGAGACCCGAGCAUGACUGCCUCUUUUAUCCAAAUUCUUCUUUCUUAUAAAUCUUCGAUAGCCACGCAGGUCAGCCUGGAGCUGCGGAGAAAGGGCUCACAAAUGUCCACUGACUCCAUGGUGUCCAAUCCUAUGUUUGACGCCAAUGAGUUCCCGGAGAGCUACGAAGCGGGUCGAGCCGAAGCCUGCGGGACUCUCUGUCGCAUUUUUUGUAGCAAGAAAACAGGAGAGGAGAUCCUGCCGGUUUAUCUGUCCAGGUUCUACAUGGUUUUGAUUCAGGGUCUCCAGAUCUCCGACUUCAUCUGCCGGCCGGUCCUGGCCUCCAUCAUCCUCAACUCUUCCUCUCUCUUCUGCACCGACCUCAAGGGCAUAAAUGUGGUUGUUCCCUAUUUCAUUACAGCACUGGAGACAAUCCUGCCGGACAGGGAGCUGUCCAAGUUCAAGAUGUAUGUGAACCCUACUGAUCUGAGACGAGCUUCCAUCAACAUCCUGCUGGCCAUGCUGCCGCUGCCCCAUCACUUCGGCAACAUACAGUCUGAGGUCCUGCUGGAGGGGAAGUUCAACGAAGAGGAUGUUCUGCCUCACGACCAGCCCGUUUCAUUCCUGUCCCUCAGGCUUCGGCUGGUCAACGUCCUGAUCGGAGCGUUGCAGACAGAGACAGACCCCACAAACACCCAGCUCAUCCUAGGGGCGAUGCUCCACAUCGUUCAGGACUCAGCGCUAUUCGAGUCCGUUGGGACGCAGACGGAGACGGGGAGCCUUGACGGGAGUCACAUGACCGUCAAGAGUCAGAGUCACAGCCGAAGCAACAGCGGCGUCAGCUACAACAGCGGCGGCAGCACCGAGGCCACCAGCCCAGACUGUGAGCGUCCAGCUCAGGCGCUGCUGCGAGACUACGCUCUUUCAGAUACGGCGGCAGGUCUGCUGGUGCGCAGCAUCCACCUGGUCACACAGCGGCUCAACUCCCAGUGGAAGCAGGACAUGAGCAUCUCGCUGGCCGCGCUGGAGCUGCUGGCCGGACUCGCCAAGAUCAAGGUGGGAGUGGACUCUACUGACCGCAAGCGUGCCGUCGUCUCCAUCUGCGGAUACAUUGUGUACCAAUGCAGCCGUCCAGCCCCACUUCAGUCCAGGGACCUGCAUUCCAUGAUCGUGGCCGCAUUCCAGUUCCUGUGUGUCUGGCUGACAGAGCAUCCUGACAUGCUGGACGAGAAGGAUUGUUUGAUGGAAGUGUUGGAGAUCGUUGAGCUGGGAAUCUCAGGCAGUAAGUCCAAACAGGAGCAGGAGGUCCGCCACAAAGCAGAGAAGGAGCACAACCCUGCAUCCAUGAGGGUGAAGGAAGCAGCCGAGGCCACUUUGUCCUGCAUCAUGCAGGUACUGGGGGCCUUCCCCUCUCCCAGCGGGCCCGCCUCCACCUGCAGCCUGCUGAACGAAGACACCCUGAUCCGCUAUGCCAGACUCAGCUCAACAGGAGCCAGCAACUUCCGCUACUUCGUCCUGGACAACUCGGUCAUCCUGGCCAUGUUGGAGCAGCCACUGGGCAACGAGCAGAACCCGAGUCCGUCAGUCACAGUUCUGAUCAGAGGCACAGCUGGAAGACACGCCUGGACCAUGCAGCUCUUCCACCAGCCCAGAGGAGCUCGAGCCAAUCAGAGGCAGGUGUUCGCUCCAGAGGGACGUCCCAAACCGAACAACGACGUGGGGAUAAAGUACAACGUGAAGCAGAGACCGUUCCCAGAGGAGGUGGAUAAGAUCCCGCUGGUCAAAGCCGACGUCAGCAUUCCAGACCUGGACGACAUCGUCAGCAAAGAGCUGGAGAUCCAACACGAGAAGCUGCGCGUUCUCAUGAGCAAGCAGAUCGAGUAUGAGAACUCGCUGGAGCGCAACAGUGGAGAAAUCUGGAAGUCCAAGUCCUUCCCGGACCCGCAGAUCGACUGCAAACCUCCCCCGCCCGCGCAGGAGUUCCAGACGGCCCGGCUCUUCCUCUCUCACUUCGGCUUUCUGUCUCUGGAGGCACUUAAGGAGCCCAACAACAGUCGCCUCCCUCCACACCUCAUCGGCCUGGACUCGUCUUUGCCCGGGUUCUUUGACGACAUCAGCUACCUGGACCUGCUUCCCUGCCGACCGUUCGACACCGUCUUCAUCUUCUACGUGAGAGCUGGACAGAAAAGCAGCCAUGAGAUCCUAAGGAACGUGGAGUCGUCGGCGAGUGUCCAGCACCACUUCCUGGAGUUCCUCAUGUCCUUGGGCUGGCCUGUGGAUGUGGGGCGCCACCCCGGCUGGACGGGUCACCUGUACACCAGCUGGUCUCUGAACUCCUGCUCUGAUCAGGACAUCCAGCAGACGGAAGAAGCAGUGACUCCUGAAGACACUGGAGGCUCUGUUUUCAACGGCGAGAAGAAGGUUCUGUACUACGCCGACGCACUGACCGAAAUCGCCUUCGUCGUCCCGUCACUUUCGGAGAACUCAGAAGAGUCAUCGGUGCACAGCGACUCCACUCUAGAGGCCGACGUCAACUCGGAGCUCAUGCCAACACUGCUCAAGCAGCCGAACCUGACUCUGGAGCUGUUCCCCAACCACUCGGACAACCUGGAGUCAGCCAAGAAGCUGAGUCCUCUCAUGAAGAGCAAGAGGUCGUCGACGGGGAAGUCUUUCCCUCCUCUGGGCCCGGAGACCAAGGUGUUUGUGGUCUGGGUCGAGCGCUUCGAUGACAUCGAAAACUUCCCGCUGUCGGAUCUGCUGGCAGAAACCAGCACGGGUCUGGAGGCCAGCAUGAGCAACAGUACUUCCUGCAGGUCGGGUUUACUGGAGAAGGACGUUCCUCUCAUCUUCAUCCAGCCUCUGAAGACGGGCCUCUUCAGGAUCCGGCUGCACGGAGCUGUGGGGAAGUUUGGGAUGGUGAUCCCUCUGGUGGACGGCAUGGUGGUCAGCCGCCGGGCGCUAGGCUUCCUGGUGCGGCAGACAGUCAUCAACGUGUGCCGGCGGAAGCGUCUGGAAAGCGACUCAUACAACCCGCCGCACGUGAGGAGGAAGCAGCGCAUCACUGAGAUCGUGCAGCGCUACCGCAACAAGCAGCUGGAGCCCGAGUUCUACACCUCGCUCUUCCGCGAGGUGGGAGAGGGCCGGCUCCACCUCUAACCCCGCCCCUCUGUCUCACACUGGCCAAUCAGAAACUCUAUAUUUCUACGGUUUCUUAUUUAUAUCCGAACUCUGCCUUGGACUCCAGAGCGAUGUUUGCGUCAUGUUGCCAUUAUCAGACUCUUGAAGGACCUUUUACAGAUGUGGUAACUCUGCUGCCUUGACGGAGAGCAAGAAGCUUUUGAACAGAACGACGCGUGAAAAGGUCCAGGAGCCUCUGAAGUCUUCCGCCAAACUCGCUUCACUUUCUCUUCCUAGCUGCAGACCCUCAUCAUGAGCUUGAUGGCCAUGUCGUCCGAUCACUGAACAACUGACAGCCAACACUGCUGCAGUCCUCCAGCUAAUGAUGCGUUCAAAGACCAGUUGUUAAUGUAGCAGACUGAACUUGGACCACACUGAAUCACCUGCAGAGGAGAAGAGCAACACAUCCUGCGUGUUGUGUUGAAGUCCGCACUGAGCACAUUUUAACUUUCUUUCCUGUACAUAUGUUUGUGGGAAGAUUCUUGGAACGCAGCGUCAUGUGACUUUUAUCACGCCGAGCCUUUCGCCCCCCCUUCGCCCCCCUGCAAUCGAACACUUGCGUCGCUGAUAUUUAAGGUUUUGUGGUGUAUAGAAGGAUGAAGUGUAAAUAUAUAUUAGCCAAAUAAUCAAUUACUGGACACAUCUGAGGUGUGUGAGCGAGUGUGCGAGGAUCCCCAUGGGUUUUUGAAUGUAACAUGCUUCAAUUAAAACUAUUAUUGACAUUUUAAAUCUCGUCU